AUGACUUCUGCAAUCGUAAAAUCUACUAAAAGUCUUACUACUGCUGAAGACAUGAGGAACCAAACCAAACUGAUUAUGCAGCCCUAUGCCAACUGGGAAGAGUAUCUGACUCCAGCACCUCUAUCUAUAGCCAUCCUCGGAGAGCUGGUGUUCAUCUCAUCCUCAGCAGAUUUCUCUAUCAAUAAAAAUACACCCAAAAAUGGCUACAAAUACAUCAAAUACCCUGAUUCCUUUCGCGCUUGCCUCAUGCAAGUGUGUAACUCUGGUUGGUGGGCAUUUAACGAGGCCCAUAAGAGCAUGGAUCAGAUUCGCCUCCAUACUGCCCAAGUUCCAGAUUACAUGAAGGCAGCUGUGAAGAUUCUAUUCGAAGGUAAUGAUGAAGUUGUUAAAGCACUUCUUCCUGACCAGCUGGGCAAUAUCAAAGUCAUUGCAGAUGAAUGUCUUGAGUUGUCUAAUGUUGCUGAAAAGCGCUUCACUGAUGUCAUCAAUAUCAUCCAAGAGCUGCUCGAAGCAUGUAUGAAUGCAAAGCACUUCUAUGGGGAGGAGAUGGCAGCAAUCAAGAAGAAAAUAGAAGAGGGCAAACUGAGGGAGCAGUCUGCACUAGAAACCAAGAAAAGGACUGAGAAGGCCAUGAGUGCCAUGGAGAAGCAACUGGAUGAGGCUCACGAGAGCUACAAGAAAUCUUUGGAUUCUCUCCCUAAUGGAUGGGAAAUGAUUGGAAUGGAUAUCGUGAGUGGGAUAACACAGAGCAUUACAGGCAUUAUCAGUGGAGUGGCAUCUAUUAUUUCUCUACCAGGGCAAAUGAUUGCGUGUUCUGCAACAACAGCGACAUCUGGUCAUAAGAGCUACAUUAAAGAUCAGGAAAGAGAUAUGGUAGAUGAAAUAAAUGUGUAUAGUAAGUCAGCGGAAAUUCUAACGUGUGCACAGACUAUCCAGCAAAAACUGAAUGAGAAGAAUAAGGUGGAAGACAUUGACUGGACAAAUCUAUACGAUCAGAAGAACAAAACCACAAAGACGGAUUUUGUAGCAAAUCAGUAUGGAAGAAUCAGUGAGAGUUUGCAGGACAUCCCUGACUGCCCAGCAAAGAAACAAGCUCUGGAGUUGUGCAAACAGGGCAUGAAAAUAUGCAAUGAGCUUGCAACAUAUGCACCAGAGGGGAAAUGUGACAAAGACAAAAGCGCUGAGAUAAUAAAAGAGGUCUCGGCUCUGAUUAAGUCAGCUCGUAGUUUUGAUAGCAAAAGCAAAGGCAUCACAAAUUCUCCAGCCAUUUCUCAAAAACCACCAAUGAUGUCUAAAGAAGAAAGAAAGUCAGAGAACACGAGUCCUUCACAGAGGGCUACAGAGAAUGCAAGAUUUGCCAUAGAGCAGUCCCGAGCUCAGCUGAACAAGACCAGAGAGACCUAUGAAAAGUGUGUGGAGAACCUAGAGAAGAACCAGAAGGAACUAACUGAUAUCCUGGUCACCAUGAGAAACUGUGAACUGAAAGAGAUCGACUUCAAAACUACCAUAGAGAUGCUGGUUAAAGGAAUGGAUGCCAUGGGGAGAGUGAAGGAGCAGUGGGAGAAGAUGGUCCACUUCUUUCAGAUGGUAUCCAACAUUGUGAAAACAAGCCUGAGCAAAACUCUCACAAACUUUGUCUCAACAUCUGAGAAAACACAAGCCCUCUCCUACAAUGCAAAGCUCUUCUCAAAAGAUCUGCUGUACACUCAAGCCUCCCAAGCCUGUAACAUCGCUAGUCUGGUCCAUAUGAUCUCUGGAACAUACACUGAUGUUUCCAACAAGUACCUGAUGGACCGUAUCAGUUCUCUGGGCAAACUGAUGGCCAUGGAUAAACGUGCACCGGAAUUUGAGAAUGAACGUAAACAGCUCCAGAACAGCUGCGAUGAGGCACAGAAAGGCAUCUUAAGGCUUGUCCUGAAGAACAAAGAGGAGUAUAACCAGAAGAGCACUGCAAGACUAGAAAGGAUUGAUCAAGAAUUGCUUGCCAUUCUACCUGCUGCUCCUCCCGAAGAAAUCAAGAGUAUUAGAGAAGAUGUUGAAGCUGGAUUCAAUGAGGAAGAAGCAGCAGAUUACAUCUGA